UGUAAAACUCAGCGUUUUUCCUUAGCUGUGUCCGUCGCAUAUCUUCUCUUCUCAGGCAAAUUACACGCUGCUGUUUCGUUACCUCUCUUAAAUCUCUCUUUCUCUCUCCCUUUCAAAAAUUGCGCUCAAAUCUUAUUCCUCUUCGCAGGGUCUUGGCUUAAGGAUAAAAACUUUAGGGUUACCAGCAAUGAUAGGGGUGGAAAAAGUUUUAACAGUAAAAUUUUGGAUCAAGCUGGAACUCUGAAAUUCAUUGACUUGAGAUUGUAGCUGGGCAGCGAAUUUUACAUUUAUACAAUGUGAGAAUUGUAAGGGUCCCAAUAACGAAUGUUUGAAGAUUGCAUAGUCCACUGCUGAGGUUGACAUAGUAAAAAUUUGUCAGUGAAGAAUUGUUGGAUUCGAUGAAACCUUGGUUAGCAUGUCUGGAUUAAUUGAAGGUCUUCCAGAUGCUGUUGCCCUUAGAUGCCUAGCACGAGUUCCCUUCUACCUAUAUCCUAAGUUGGAGCUUGUUUCCCGUUCAUGGAGAGUUGCCAUUCGUGGCUCUGAGCUGUUCAAAGCUCGACAGGAGGUUGGCUCAGCAGAGGAACUUCUUUGUGUGUGUGCAUACGAUCCAGAGAAUUUAUGGCAGAUGUAUGAUCCUCUCCGCGACCUUUGGAUUACUCUUCCUGUCCUUCCCUCAAAGGUCAGGCACCUUGCCUACUUUGGUGUGGUCUCAACUGGUGGAAAACUGUUUGUGCUUGGUGGUGGGAGUGAUGAUGUCGACCCAUUAACUGGUGACCAAGAUGGGAGUUUUGCAACUGAUGAAGUUUGGUCAUAUGACCCUAUAAUGCGUCGGUGGGCUCAACGUGCAUCCAUGGUCUUACCUCGUGCCAUGUUUGCAUGCUGUGUUUCGAAGGGAAAGAUAAUUGUUGCUGGUGGUUUCACCAGCUGCAGAAAAUCUAUCUCUCAAGCAGAAAUGUAUGAUCCUGAGAAGGAUGUCUGGAUUCCAAUACCUGAUCUCCACCGCACACACAAUUCAGCAUGCUCAGGAUUAGUUAUCGGAGGGAAGGUGCAUGUCCUUCACAAGGGGUUGUCAACAGUGCAAGUCCUGGACCACAUAGGUUCUGGGUGGACCGUUGAAGACUAUGGUUGGCUCCAGGGUCCAAUGGCAGUUGUACAGGGAGCUCUGUACGUGAUGAGCCAUGGACUUAUCGUCAAGCAGGAAAAAGAAGUUAGCAAGGUGGUGAUUUCUGCUUCCGAGUUUCGUAGGAGAAUUGGGUUCGCAAUGACAGGACUAGGGGAUGAAAUAUUCGUGAUCGGAGGGGUGAUUGGCCCUGAUCGCUUUAAUUGGGAUAUCAAACCAAUGUCUGACGUUGAUAUCUUGACAGUUGGGGGCAAUAGACCUACAUGGCGUCAGGCAGCUUCGAUGACAAAGUGCCGAGGAACAAUUUUUGGUUGCACGCAGCUAAGAAUUUAGGUCCCCCACUUUUUUUUCUUCUUUUAAAGUAGUCUGCUGGUUUUUUUGUGAAAAGUUAACUCCUUAUUUUGUUGAGGCAUUGCAAAUCUUCCUUAUUGGAGAUGAGAAAUGAAUGUUUCUUUCUAAUGGUACCUUGGUUUUGUAA